AGCAGGAGGAGAAGGCGGUAAUAACCGCCGCGGCCACCCACCCACAAAAGACCGGGUCCCCUCCCCCCCCAAGACCGGUCUGAACCCACCCGGGGGGGAUCAGUCUCCAGCGACAGGGAGAGUCGAUGAGUUUGUUAUUUUCACUGGUUUUUAUUGUUUAAUUUUGAGUAGUUUUUAUUUUAUUGGUUUUGAGUUUUGAUUUUCACUGGUUUUUAUUGAUUUUGAUGAUUUAUUGAUUUUUUUUGACCUGAAGCUCGGGCGGGAUUUGAACCCGUGACCCUAGGGCGUUUCCACGCGAGAUUUUGAGACCUCUGCAGGUUCCCCCUGCGGCAAUGCGUGGAGCUGCAGUCCAUGGAUCAGUCUCCCCUAUGAUCGAUUCGUCUCCCCUGACAUCGAUCGGUCUCCCUAUGUUCGACUGGUUUCCCCCUGUGAUCGAUGGUGGUUGCUCAAGGUUUGAUUGUUCGGUCUAACCAAGAUGGCGGCGCUGCGGUUGGUGCGGGGCCUUCUGAAGGAGCUGCGGAGCCUGGGCCUAGGUCCGGACUCGGGGCCGGUGCAGGGACACAGUUACCGGGAGACCGCCGCCUACACGUACAUCUUGCAGCAAUUUAGGAAGAACCAGGUUACCAGUGGGAAACUGUGCCGUGCUCACCAUGAACUGUAUCACCAAGCCUCCACCUACAUGUGCCUCCUGCAGAGUGUCCGGCAGCACCUAGCUCUACACCAGGAGUACCACAGCAAGGGAGACCGGUCACCCCAUGAAGUGGCACAGCUUGUUGGCCUCAAACUGCCACAGCAACCCGGAGGCAAAGGAUGGGAAAAAUGAGGAGGAGGAAAAGCAGCCUUAGUUCCAGAGUACAUCUUGUUGAUGAAUACAUCUUGUUGAUGAACACAUUGUUGUAAUUCCGAUGGUCUUGGUUAUUUCACUGACAAUGUAGGUGUGGCCUGUGGGCUGUUGUUGUUUCCUGUAUAUAGUGCAGCUCCUCAGGAUCUCAGUGGUUCGUGAAGUGAUUAAAAACAGACUCCAUUUAAACCAA